AUGACCAUCUACACUAACACCACUCCCUCUCCCUCUAUCAACAUUCCAUUUACCUCCACUCCAUAUACUGCCACACCAUCUUCCACAACCCACACAACCACCACUCCCUCUAUCACCACUCCAUUUACACCACUCUAUCUUCCAUCCGUCCAUCUUCAACCACUCCAUCUACCACCGCUCCAUCUACCACCACUCCAUCUUCCAUCCCUCCAUCUACCACCACUCCAUCUUCCAACACUCCAUCUACCACCACUCAAUCUACCACCUCUCCAUCUUCCACCACUCCAUCUACCACCACUCCAUCUACCAACACUCCAUCUACCACCACUCCAUUUACCACCACUCCAUCUACCACCACUCCAUCUUCCAUCCCUCCAUCUACCAGCACUCCAUCUACCACCACUCCAUCUACCACCACUCCAUCUUCCACAACUCCAUCUACCACCACUUCAUCUACCACCACGCCAUCUUCCACCACAUCUACUCAUCUACUACCACUCCAUCUUCCAUCUACCACCAUGCCAUCUUCCACCACUCCAUCUUCCAUCUACUACCACUCCAUCUUCCAUCUACCACCAUGCCAUCUUCCACCACUCCAUCUACUACCACUCCAUCUUCCACCACUCCAUCUUCCACCUCUCCAUCUUCCACCACUCCACCUUCCAUCUACUACCACUCCAUCUUCCAUCUACUACCACUCCAUCUUCCACCACUCCAUCUUUUAUCCCUCCAUCUAGUACCACUCCAUCUUUCAACCCUCCAUCUACCAAUACUCCAUCUACUGCUACUCCCACUACCACCACUCCCACUAUCACCACUCCCACUACCGCCACCCCCACUACUGUUACCCCUCACUCCCAGGUGAGGUGUACUCACCUACAUGCCCUCACAUAG